AACAGUGAAACCCUCCCAUAGAGGUGAGAGCGCAGAUGUCAUGAGAAAAGCGACCACACGACCAGAGCGCAACGACCGACGCACCGACCGACCUCAGCCCGCCUCCCUGCGCCCCGGUCUGGGAUGCUUUUAGCGCAGAGACGCCUCCGCUCAGGGCAGCAAGUGGACGUCGACGCAGAUCAUCUGCACUCUUGUCGUUGUUGUUGUUAUUUUUAACCGAGGAUCUUUCUCCCCCGCACUCCCCCAAAACCCCCACAUUUUUUAAAGUGUUUCUGUUUGUUUCUUCAUGACUGCUGCUUUGAGAAGCGAGCCUCAGCGCCAGCUCCAGCAACGCCAACACCAUGCGAGCCCAAAUUGAAGUUAUACCAUGCAAAAUCUGCGGAGACAAAUCAUCAGGUAUCCACUAUGGAGUCAUUACAUGUGAGGGGUGUAAGGGUUUCUUCAGACGGAGUCAGCAGAACAAUGCGUCCUACUCCUGCCCCCGCCAGAGGAACUGCCUCAUCGACAGAACGAAUCGCAACCGCUGUCAGCACUGCCGCCUGCAGAAGUGUCUCGCUCUAGGAAUGUCCAGAGACGCGGUUAAGUUUGGCCGCAUGUCCAAGAAGCAGCGUGACAGCCUGUAUGCAGAGGUCCAGAAGCACCAGGCCAGGCUGCAGGAGCAGCGGCAGCAGCAGACGGGCGAAGCAGAAGCUCUGGCACGCGUUUACUCAUCCAGCCUAACCAACGGACUGUCCACCCUUAACCACGAGAUUGGGGGCACCUAUGCCAACGGUCACGUCAUUGAGCUGCCCAAAGGUGGCCAUGGUAACGGAGGCGGAGUCCCAGGGGGAUACUAUGGGAUGGAUUCCACACAGCCAUCUCCAGACCAGUCAGGUUUGGACAUGUCGGGCAUGAAGCACAUUAAGCAGGAGCCGGUGUAUGACCUGACGCCAGUACCCAACCUGUUCAGCUACGGAGGCUACCAGGACAGCCAGCUGGGGCCCAAUAACGUCAGCAUGGGAGAGCUGGAUCGUAUUGCUCAGAAUAUCAUCAAGUCCCACUUGGAGACGUGUCAGUACACAACAGAGGAGCUGCAGCAGCUGGCCUGGCAGACACACUCCUACGAAGAGGUCAAGAUGUACCAGAGCAAGCCCCGGGACGUGCUGUGGCAGCAGUGUGCCAUCCAGAUCACCCAUGCAAUCCAGUAUGUGGUGGAGUUCGCCAAGCGCAUCUCAGGGUUCAUGGAACUGUGCCAGAAUGACCAGAUCCUCCUCCUCAAGUCAGGUUGUCUGGAAGUAGUCCUGGUGCGGAUGUGCAGGGCAUUCAACCCUCUCAACAACACUGUGCUGUUCGAAGGGAAGUACGGAGGCAUGCAGAUGUUCAAAGCUCUAGGUUGUGAUGACUUAGUCAGUGCGGUAUUUGACUUUGCCAAGAGUUUGUGUUCGCUGCAGCUGACGGAGGAAGAGAUCGCUCUGUUCUCAGCAGCUGUACUCAUUUCCACAGAUCGCCCGUGGCUGAUGGAGCCUCGGAAAGUCCAGAAGCUCCAGGAGAAGAUCUACUUUGCUCUGCAGCACAUUAUGCAGAAGAACCACAUGGACGAAGACGCCCUGGCUAAGCUUAUCAGCCGAAUCCCCACGUUGUCGGCCCUGUGCACACUCCACACCGAGGAGCUCCAGGCCUUCCAGCAGCUCCACCCAGAAACAGUCAACGUCCUCUUCCCUCCACUCUACAAAGAACUCUUCAACCCCGACCCCAACUCUGCCAUGGCCAUGCCCAAGUGACUGCCAGUGGCCUCGACGCAACCGACCACGUCGGCGGAGCAACAAGAAAAUGAGAAGACAGCCGCGUAUGGUGAAACAACAGCGGCUGCUUCGACUAUGUCAUCACGGUGGCAAACACAUAUUUCCGAGCUCAGCCUCAUUUCGGGCUGGGAGGUGAGGAGUCAUCUGCCAGAAACUUACAGUUACUGCCAACAAUACUAGGAAUGUCCAGCACUUAUCCCAUCCCGUUCACCGAUACAGUCUGAAGAAUGUAUAUAUAAAUGAAACGCGUCCCGAGCCACAACAUAAGCGGGGCUUCGUCCUGUCUCCUGAACUGAACUGACUGACCAGAAAUGUACAGACUUUAAACCAUCUAGGAACAAUUUUAAGCUGUCAAUCUUAAAAAAAAAUGGGUAAGUUAAUUUGUUUUAACUUUGGACAAAAAAAAAACAAAAAAAACUUUUGAUUUAUUUUUCUUCACAGGAAGAAAAUUGUGAAGGUGAAGAAGUUGGAUGGGGGAGGGAACCGUGGACUUAGAGAGGCUGUUGUAGAUAUUCUUCUAGUGCAGAGCGGAUUCCAGUAUUACUUCUUGUUCUGUUAAAAAUAAGUUAGUCCUAAUUUAAAUAUACAGCGGCCCAAUGCGGCUGACUAUAA